AUGCCACAGUUCAAGAAACUCCCUACAAGCGCAAGGGGAACAAUUAUACCAUUCCAAGUUCCCUUCCCCUUUCCAAUUCAUAUCCAGGUCUUCGCCAAAGACCUGUCUUUGUCCCCAAUGACGCUCCAGUACGUGCUGGACAUUCAACCAAAAGCAAGUUUAGUAAGACUGGAAGCUAAGGCACUCCAUCUCAGUCUGGAGCUCAAGCGCGUGGCUCUAUUUUCUUUUGCAAAAUCUUAUGUGCGAGGAAAGUCAAGCGCUCAUGAAAGGUAUCAUCUCUAUCUAGUUCAAGAAACUGCCUACAAGCACAAGGGGAAUAAUUGUACCGUUCCAAAUUCCCUUCCUCUUUCCAAUUGUCUUCUCCGAAAACCCACCCCUGUCCCCAAUAAUCCUCCAAUAACUGCUGGAAAUUCAAACAAAGGCAAGGUUAGUACGACUGGAAGUUGCAGCACUUCAUCUGAGCCUGGGGAUCAAGUGGCUGUACAAGGAACUCCCUACAAGCGCAACAAAAAUAAUUUUACCAAUUUGAAUUCCCAUCCUCUUCCCAAUCUUUGCCAAAAUCUCAUGUCUGUCGCAAAUGACCCCCUGCUAUCUGCAGCUCAUCUGAACAUAGACACGGCUCAUAUUAUUGGAUGCUACGGCACUUCUUCUCAAUCUGCAACUCAAGCAGAUGUCCUGGCUGAUAGUUGA